AUGCGCGCGCACGCCGAGUCAGCGUCGACGUCACCGAGGGACGCGCGCGCGAUGUUAACGGCACGAACGACGGCGCGAACGUCGACGGCGACGCGGACGCGGACGCGGACGAAUCCAUCUCUCACGACGAUCGCUCGUCCGAGCGUUGAGACCGCGCGCGCGCGCUUCACCGUCGUCGCGAAUGCGGAGGACAAGCAGCCGAAGAUUACGAGGGAGAACGAAAAGGAGGCGUGGUUGUCCGAGAUGGAGCGCGAGGGUGCGAAUCCGAUGAAGGAUCCGAUGGCGAUGAUCGGGAUCGGCGGUCUCAUGGUGCCGUUCGUCAUCCUGGCCAUCGCCAGCGCGGCUGGAUUCAUUGGUCAGUAG